AUGGAGAUUAGGAAGGAGGAGACGGAGGACGACCGUGCGGUGGUGGUGUUGGACUACCAGCGGAAGGGCAAGCGCCCCGUCAUCAAGACUACGACACGACAGACGUACUUUUUGCUCGCGAUUGGCCUGACACUUCCGGCCGAGUAUUACGCGCGCGUCAAGGCGAAAGAGGUGGACGAACGGCCCACUGAGCACUACUCGGGCUUUGACGGGUUGGACAAACAAAUCCAGGAACUAAUUGAGGCCGUCGUGCUGCCGAUGACGCACAAGGACAUGUUCAAGAACCUGGGAAUUCAUCCGCCGAAGGGAGUGCUGCACUCGACCUUCCUGAAGCUGGCCGGCCUGCAGCUAGUGCAGAUGUUCAUCGGAGACAGGGCCAAGCUCGUCCGGGACGCGUUUGCACUAGCCAAGGAAAAGUCGCCGGCGAUUACUUCCUGCACGCGUCUACACUGCAGACGCAUCUAG